AUGUACGAAGCACGCAAAGUUGUCCGGCCGUAUGAAGAGUUACAGGGAUCUGAGCAUCUUUCAAGCCCAGUUUCGCCACCCGGAGAUAGUUUCGUCAUGGUUGAAAAGGAUCCCGAGGCGCAAUGGCUGGCAGACUGGUACGAUGGGCUGACUUACUGCACUUGGAACGGGCUGGGCCAGAACCUGACCGAGGAAAAGCUUUUGGGGGCUUUGAAAACACUGAAAGACAAUGAAAUCAAAAUCUCGAACCUAAUCAUCGACGACAAUUGGCAGGCUUUAGAUCGUGAGGCCGGGCCCCAGUUCAAGCGACGAUGGACGCAAUUUGAGGCAAACCCCGGUGCAUUCCCCCGUGGACUAAAGCGCACUAUCGACAUAAUUCGCGAGAGCCACCCCAAUAUUGAUCACAUCGCCGUCUGGCAUGCUCUUUUUGGAUACUGGGGCGGCAUUGCGCCAGACAGUCAGUUGACUACGAAGUAUAAGACCAAACAAGUGCAAAUCAAAGAUCCUAGGGCCAGCGGGCAAAUCGCCCAUGCGUUCGAAGAUCGAUCCCUGCUAGCCAUCGAUCCGGGUGAUAUACAGCGCUUCUACAGCGAUUUCUACAGCUUCCUCUCAUCGACAGGGGUCGACUCGGUGAAAACCGAUGCACAGUUCUUCCUUGACCUUUUGGAGGAUCCAGGGGACCGAAGAGAAUUCGCGGCUGCAUAUCAGGAUGCAUGGUCCAUUGCCUCGUUGCGAUGUUUUAGCACGAGGGCGAUAUCGUGCAUGUCCCUUUUCCCUCAGGCCAUUUUCCACAAUCAACUACCGACAAACAAGCCCACCAUCCCGCUGCGCAACUCCGACGACUUUUUCCCUGAUAUCCCAGAGUCUCAUGCCUGGCACAUAUUCUGUAACGCUCACAAUGCUCUAUUCACUCGAUUCCUGAACGUCCUCCCGGACUGGGAUAUGUUCCAAACCAGCCAUCCGUACGCCUCUUUCCAUGCAGCGGCCCGCUGUGUCUCCGGUGGCCCUAUAUAUAUUACCGACGAGCCAGGAAAGCAUGACAUUGCGCUGCUCAAUCAAAUAACCGCUCCGACCGUAUAUGGAUAUACUGUAAUCUUGCGGCCUAGCCUCGUGGGCCGCUCAAUCGACACAUACAAUGGCUACAACGAGGGCCAGGUCUUGCGUGUUGGGACCUACACUGGCUGGGCAAGAACCGGCAGUGGUAUCUUGGGUCUCUUCAACGUCUCCGCUGCCAAAACAUCAUGUCUAGUCUCUCUACUGGACUUUCCUGGAAUUCACGAAGAUUAUACUACGCAGUAUAUAGUGCGCUCCCAUACCAGCGGCAGAAUCACAGACCCCAUGUCUCCAACAGAUACCAACUCUGUUGUGGCGCUUGGUCUGGAGCGGAAAGACUGGGAAGUCCUUACAGCCUAUCCCGUUCGAACAUUAACCCUAAAGGCCAACCCGGAGAAGCACAUCCCACAUGAGCUGAAAACAGACGUUGCAGUUCUCGGAUUGUUGGGUAAAAUGACCGGCGCCGCUGCUCUUGUCAGCUCGGACAUAUACACGGAGCCAAAUGGUCGUCUCCGGGUGGAUGUUAGUUUGAAAGCACUGGGUACAUUGGGAAUAUACUUCUCGAACUUGGGACAUCGGAGUAUUGCGCAGAACUUCAUGGUUACGAUAUUGGGAGACCCGGUUCCACAGCAGACGGUGCAUCUGGAGCCAGGCGAACAUGGUCGUCUUUUGUCCGUUGAUGUUUUGGCAGCUUGGAAGAUAAUGCGCCUCGAGCCCGGCUGUAGCAACGAGAUCAUUGUGCAUGUAUUUGUUGGAUGA